AUGUGGUCGACCGCCGCUUCUUGGGUAGCACUCCUCGCGCUCACUGCGGCCCUUACAAAAUACUAUAACCCGGAACUCUUCAGCAAGAUUACGGGGCAGGCGGCGGCUAGGCCAGAAACAAAAGAUACGGCACUGAAGCCGACUGCCAAACGUAACAAAACUAAGCGCGCACAUGCCAGUCGGCUCGACAAUAUCAGCAGUGGAACCUCUACCCCGACAAGUGCCCCAGAAGGCAAGGCCAGUAAGAGGAGGAAACUGAUCUCUGCACCAGUCGACAACACGGUGGUUGCUGAAACUACAAAUGGUCACCAGGUUAGCCUACCACGAGACGAGGAUGGUGGGAUGAGUAACAAGGAGUUCGCCCAGCAACUUGCCAAGGCACAAGCUGGUACGAAAUUGGAGUCUUCUAAGUCGCAAGGCUCAAGCAAGAAGGAACGACGUGCUGCGAGGAAGACUUCUCAAGGGAACCAUCCCAAUAAGGGAGUUUCCGGUCUUUCCACCGAGGACUCUUCGACGACUGGCCGCGAUGCAGAUGAUGAUCUUUCACCGGUUGGAUCACCUUCUACUGGCCCUGUCUCAACCGCUCCGACUUCCCGAGCAGGAGACGUUUCAGACAUGUUAGAAGCACCGGCUCCAAAACCAACGACCCUGAGAUUGACGGAUGUCAAGGAGACUACCACCAAAAGUGCUCCCAAGACAACUCCUAAAGCCUUUGAGCCUGUAUUGUCAAAAAAGCAAAGACAACGACAGGCUAAAGCAGCCGAGCAGAAAGCAUUACGGGAAGAAGCCGACCGUGUGCAUGAGGCCAAGAAGCAGCAACAGCUUCGUACGGCGAGGCUGGCAGAAGGGACCUCCAACCAAACCAAAGCAAAUUCGUUCACCGCCAAACAAAAUCCAUGGCAGACUGGGAAGCCAAGCCCCCAGAAGUCUGUUCAAGAGCCACCCAAGACAGAGGCUGUCCCACUUUUGGAUACGUUCGACACUGGGGCAACACCAGCUGUCAAAUCCGACGUGCCUAAUGGUGCAGUCAGUGCUAAGCCUCUCCCGACUAUCAUCAGCCCCGUCACUGACAUGGACAAUGCCAACGCCAACGCUGUUCGUCAAGAGGUCGGGGAGAAGGAAACCAAUGCCUUGGCCGCUUCCAGUCGGGAAAGGCUGGCUCGACCUGCGCUACAUGCUCAAGCUAGCUGGGCUGAUGAAGUGAAUGAAGAAGAGCAAGACAAGUGGGCGACUGAACUUGCCGGGGAAGAGAAAUGGGAGCCAGUGACGACAAAGAAAGGGAAGAAGAAGGUCAAGAAGGAUAACGAUACGAGCAGUGAGGCCAGCUCGUCGAUUGUGCGACCAGUCACAAUGCCCAACAAGUCUGUGACUAACGGCACCAAGGAGAACGGGGUCAAGCCACGAAUCGAGAACGUCAAUCGAUUUCAGUCCAUCGAGCCUGUGAUGGACCCAUCGUUCAAGGACGCCGAAUGGGAGGCUUGA